ACUGCCUAGGGCAGGUUGGGACGCGGGAGGUGCUAGUGUACGGGAUCCUUCUCGCCCAGGGGCCUGAAGAGAAGAGUUUUGGCCAUGGCGUCCUUAAUCAGAAAAAUAAUCAGCACCACGAAAGCCCCAGCGGCCAUAGGUCCCUACAGUCAAGCCGUGUUGGUGGACAGGACCGUUUACAUCUCGGGACAGCUGGGCAUGGACCCUUCGAGUGGACAGCUUGUGCCGGGAGGGGUGGCAGCAGAGGCUAAGCAGGCUCUCACCAACAUGGGUGAAAUUCUGAAGGCUGCGGGCUGCGACUUUACUAAUGUGGUAAAAACAACUGUUUUGCUGGCUGACAUAAAUGACUUCAAUACUGUCAAUGAAAUCUACAAACAGUAUUUCAAGAGUAAUUUUCCUGCAAGAGCUGCUUACCAGGUUGCUGCUUUGCCCAGGGGAGGCCGUGUUGAGAUCGAAGCCAUCGCCAUCCAGGGCCCUCUCACAACAGCUUCACUCUAAGCAGGCCGAGUGCUGUUUAGUCUGGAAUCUUCAUAAUGUUUUUUAAUUAACGUCUUAAUUUUUAUAAUUGACGUUGGGAAGUGUACAACUGACUAAAAUAUCUGAAGUGUUAUGGAAAUAUCAUAUAAUAAGGGGAAUGGAACAUGAAUUGAAAGUGAGAUGACAAAUCCAGUUACCGAUACUAUAAAUUUCAUUUAUGCACUCAGAUUACUGGAUGUGAGGAAAAAGAGUAUACCUACUUCAAUUAAGUCCUUUUAAUUUAAUGUUGUGAAAUAUUCCAUUCUCUUGUCAGACAUAUGAUUCAACUUUUACUUGAGUAAAUAUAAAGAUUUAAGUUUGAAUGGUAGAGGUAAGGGAGAAGAAAGUGGACCAAAAUUUUAUAUAACAUUCUUCUAAUGGCAAUAAAAUAGACAUGCAUCUUUUC